AUGUCUUCUCAAAGUUCAAGCGGCAAUGCUUCAACUGCGUCUAGUAAAUUUUGCGGUGGAGUUGUUCCGAGUAAAAACCCCCUUUGGGGUUAUGUCACUGUAAAAUCAAGUAAGGCUGGUGGACGUGGGAAUACAUCUUGGACUUGCCACUACUGUGAUACUACAUUUAAUGGUUCCUAUUCUAGAGUGAGGGGUCACUUAAUUAGGGUACCACAGCAAGGGGUUAGCUUUUGUAAGAAAGUCUCAGAUGAUUGCUUUGAAGAGAUGAAACAAAUUGAAAGGGAGGCCGUUGAGAAAGCAAAACUUGUUCAAGUUCCUUUACCGACGGGAACUACAAGUUUGAGACCACCCUUGGAUGAUGGGAGCAAGAAACGGAAAGGAGGAGCAUUAGAAAAGGCAUGGAACAAUGAGGCUAGAGAUCAAUUGACUAGUGAAAUUGCUAGAUUCUUCUACUCAGCUGGUUUGCCCUUCAAUGUUGCUAGAAAUCCAUAUUUUGUGAAAAUGCUCAACUUUGCUGCAAACAAUACUAUAUCGGGCUUUGUUCCACCUGGAUACAAUUCUAUUAGGACUACAUUGUUGCAAAAAGAGAAGGCCAACAUAAUGAAACUACUUCAGCCUAUCAAAGAUACUUGGCCAGAGAAAGGGGUGAGCAUAGUGAUCGAUGGAUGGACAGAUGUGCAGAGAAGACCUUUGAUAAAUUUUAUGGCAGUUUGUGAUUCAGGACCUAUGUUCUUGAAGUCUGUUGAUGGAUCUGGUGAAUUUAAGGACAAACAUUAUAUUGCACGGAAGAUUUUGGAGACCAUUCGUGAUGUUGGGCCACUAGAUGUGGUCCAAGUAAUUACUGAUAAUGCGCCGGUGUGUAAGGCUGCUGGUUCUAUUGUUGAAAGUGAGUAUCCGCAUAUCUUUUGGACUCCAUGUGUUGUUCACACAUUGAACCUUGCACUCAAAAGUAUUUGUGCUCCAAAAAAUACUUAUGCUAAUCAAGUUGCCUACAAAGAGUGUAGCUGGAUAUUUGAAAUUGCUGAUGCUGCUCGUUUAAUUAAGAACUUCAUCAUGAAUCAUUCUAAGCGGCUAUUUAUGUUUAAUCAAUUUGUGCGCUUGAGGUUGCUUGCAGUUGCUAAUACUAGGUUUGCUUCAACCCUCAUCAUGCUUAAAAGGUUGAGAGAUGUUAAGCAUGGUUUGCAAUCUAUGGUUAAUGAUGAACAAUGGUCUAGCUACCAAGAGGAUGAUCCUGUGAGGGCUACAUUUGUGAAAGAAACAAUUCUAAAGGAUAGUUGGUGGAAGGAGGUUGAUUAUAUUCUAAGCUUUACUAAUCCCAUAUAUGACAUGCUUCGUGCUUGUGAUACCGAUGAAUCAACACUUCAUUUGGUUUAUGAAAAAUGGGAUUGCAUGAUUGAGCAAGUGAAGGUUGCAAUAUUUAAGCAUGAGGGAAAGGGGCUAGAUGAGUAUUCGGGUUUUUAUGAAGUGGUGCAUGGCAUCCUAGUUGAUAGAUGGACUAAAACUAGCACACCACUUCAUUGCUUAGCUCAUUCACUUAAUCCAAGGUAA